AUGGCUGCGAACCAUCCAAUCCACAUUCAUCCGGCACGGCCGCUCUAUCGCUUUACAGCAACUGCUCUAGGUGCUAGCAUGUGGUUCUUUCUAAUGUACCGUGCCAAAAAGGAUGGACCGGCUUUGCUGGGAUGGAAACACCCCUGGGAUCAUUGA